AUGAUAUCUCAAUCUUCACCAGAUGCAUACAAUUUCAUGAAACCAUAUAUACCAAAAAGAGAAAACAGUUUCAAAGCAAUCUUCAUUCCAAAUGAUAGUAAAGUUGAACCUUUUGAAAUUCAUUUAUCAAAAGAUAAAUUUUAUGAUGAAGUUACAGAAAUUUUAAAUGGAAAAGGAUUAAGAAAAGAAUUAAUAUCAAAGAAUGAUGUUUCAUAUUAUUUUUACCCAGAUUGUAAAGUUGGUGAUAUUAAACCAAUAAAUGAAAGAGCAUUGAAAACCAAGAAAAAGAAAGCAUUGGGUGGUGACGCAGUGUUGAUUAGGGGAAGCAUCGAUAGGGUUGAGAGAGAUUUAACUUAUGAACAAUUUUUAAGAUUUGAAGAAUUCUUUUCACCAAAACAAAGAGUAUUCGAUUUUGAAAAUAAUUAUGAUGGUACGGGUUCCACUGAUUUACUCUCAGUUUUAUUUGAAAGUUCAACAUGGAAUUAUAAAAUUGAUAAAGUUCAAAAUGGCAGAUACUUAAAGUUUCCUAAUAAUGCUGUUACAACCGAUUGGAAGUUUGAGAAGAAACAACCUCAUUCAAUAUUGAAUGAAUACAAAGCUGUCAUUCAAGAUACAACAAUUUCAAUUGACUCAUUUUCAAUUGGUCCUAAUAAUAGUUCACCAUUCUUUUCAACUGCGACAAUUAACAAUGGUCCAUUGGUAAUCUAUUCAAAUCUUACAAAGAAAAAAGAUGAAUCAACUCAUAAUGUUUGUCAUCGUGUUUUAUAUUAUUUAGUAAUUUUACAACAAAGAUUAUUAGGUUUUUCAAAUGAUGAUAACAAUAUUGAAAAUGAUAAAAAUAAUUUUAGUUUUAAAAAUGAUUAUUUAAUUGAAUUUAAAGAAUUUGAAGAAUUUGAAAAUUUAAAAAAUAAUAAUAAUGAUAAUAAUAAUGAAAAUACUACAAUUACUACAACAACAACAACAACAACAACAUUAACAACAGUAAAUACAACAAAAAAUAAUACAGAAUUAAAAAAAAAAUCAAUAAUUGAAAAAACUGAAAAUUUUAUUAAAAAUAUUAAAAAUGAUAAUGAUAUUAUAACAUUUUAUGGUAUUAAAAUGAAUAGAAAUAAUAAAGUAAUUUAUGUUACAAAAGGUAUAUCAAAUAUUGUUAUAAAUGAAAAUGAUAAAAAGAAAAAAGUAGAAUUUGGUGAUGAAGUUGUUGUUUCAUUUUCAUAUUAUUUAGCUGAUGGGAAAUUGGUAAAGGAUCAAACUGAAUUAACCAUAACAGUUGGUGAAUCUCAAAGUUGUAUAGAUGGUGUACACCAUUCGUUAAUGGAAAUGCAUGAAGGUGAUUUAGUAUUAUCCAUCGUUCAUUCGAAAUAUGCGUAUGGUGAAAAAGGUAUAAUCUUUGGUGACAUUGAUUUUUGUAAUACUCUAGUGCCACCAUCAUCAACCUUGGGUAUUUUAAUAGAACUAUUAGAGAUUAAACAUCGUUCAAAAUUGACAAACACUAAAGUUUCAUCAUUAUCAUUGAAUGAGAAAAUCGAUUUAAUUAAAUCAAAUAAUAAAGAGGCCAAAGAGCAUUUCUUGCGUAAAGAUUAUUUUAAAGCUUUGAAAAUCUAUAGAGGUAAUAGAGUCUUAUGUAAUCUUGACCUUAUUGGUAAAGUCGAUAGCGAUGACCUAUGGGACGAAAUUAAAUUAUUGGCAGCUCAAACCCACACAAAUCUCGCACUUUGCUAUUUGGCCAUGCCUUCACCACAUCAUCAAAGAAUCAUUGAAUAUUGUAAUGAAUCAAUAGUUUUCGAAGAGACUAGUAAAGCUUAUAGAUUAUCAUCAGAUGCAUAUAAAGAAUUAAAUAAUAUUGAAAAAGCAAUUGAGCAAAUGGAAAUUGCUAAAGAAAUCGAUUUCAAUAUUGAUGAUCAUUUUAAAAGUAAUCCAGAAAAUAAAAAUAAAAUUAAUCCAGUGCAAACUCUCUCUCAAUCUCAAUAUAUUCAAAAGAUUAAUUCUUUAAAAAAAUUGGAAAGAAAAGAACUUGAAGAUGAAAAAAAUGUUUAUAAAAAUAUUUUAAAAAAUUUAGAAUCUUCUGGUUUUGAUCUUGCAAAAGAUGAUCAUUUUUAA